AUGACGCUGAACCAAUUAUGGAAUGACAAUGAUGCUAGCUGUCGCCGCAAGUGCUCUGGCCGCAGUCUUCAGAUGGCAUUUGGCUAUAAAUGCCCAUCGGAUCUGUUGGGCAGGCAUCAGUUUUACGGUUUCAAACUCAUUGCGUUAGUCGUCGUUGGCACUGCCCUGGUGGGCCUGGCUCUGGCCCGUCCGCAGACGAAUAGCUACUUGCCCCCGGCCCCCAUCAAGGGUCUACAGCAGCCCACCCAGCAAGCGAUCAGCUAUCAGAGCUAUCAGCUGCAGCCACAGCAGCCGCAGCGAUCCAUUGCACAGAUUGAGUCGAUCCGUCCAUCCGUUUCACUGGGCAGCUUCACCAUCCACAGCGGCGGCCAGUCGAGCGUCAACCAAGUGUCAACGGCUCCACUGCCCACGGCCGUCAGCUACGAGACAUCUAAAUCGUCAGUCAGCGUCGCACCAGCAGCUCCCACGCAGCUCUUUGUGCCCUCGCCUCCAGCUGCUGCUCAGGAAUCCACAACCGUUGUUGAGCAGUCGGUGAGCACUCCAGUGGCUGCUCCAGUAACCCAGCAAACCUACUCAGCACCAGCUCCAGUCGCCCAGCAGUCAUACGCUGCUUCGGCUCAAGUGGCUCAGCAAACUUACUCCGCCCCAGCUCCAGUAACUCAGACAACCUACUCUGCACCAGCUCCAGUGGCUCAGCAAACUUACUACUCUCCAGCUCCAGUGGCUCAGCAAACGUACUACUCUCCAGCUGCAGCCCUUCAACAGCUGUACUCUGCUCCAGCUCCAACUCAGGUGGUGCAGCAGACCUACUCCGUUCCAGCUCAAGUGGUGCAGCAGACCUACUCCGCUCCUGCUCCUACUCCUGCUCCUGCUCCUGUGGUUCAGGAGACCCAGUCCGUUCAGAGCACUACCCAAGUAAUUUCAGCUCCAACGCAAGUGGUUCAGGAGAGUCAGGUGAUCUCGUCGCCCGCACCUGCUGCACAGGAAGUCCACACCACUCCAGCAGUCGCACCAGCGGUGCAGCAGACCUACUCUGCCCCUGUGAGCCAAGUGAUUACGUCCUCCACUCCAGUGGUGCAGCAGUCAUAUGUCGCUCCCACUCAGGCCAUCCAGGAAAGCUAUGUUGCAGACCCAGCUCCAGUGGUGCAGCAGACUUAUACUGCUUCUGCUCCAAUAGUGCAACAAACCUAUACCGCCUCUGCCCCGGUAGUGCAGCAAUCAUAUACCGUUUCUGCUCCUGCUUCGCAGGUGCAGCAAGUCUACUCCGCACCAGCUCCAGCUCCAAUUGUUCAGCAGGUGCAGGAGACUGCCAUCCAACAGGCUCAAUUUACCGGCUAUAGCUACCAGGCACCAGCACCCACUGCAACCUACAAUCUACAAGAGGUCGUCUCUGCCUCCGCACCCACACCCAUCCAAUUCCAAGGCAUAGAACUCGCUGGCUAUAGACGACCCAAGCGGGAGCUGGCGGAGCUGCCAAGCUGA